UCCCAUGCACAUUUAUCGGGCAAUACUCGAUUGUAGUUGCGUUCAGUGCAGACUUCUUCGUUGCAAAGUGAAGAAGUGUGUUUUGUGUAUUUCUUUUUUUCUUUCAUUCCAGUUUCACGUUACUCUCUGUGUGUACUUUUCUAUCCACAUACGAAAGAGAAAAAAAUUAUGUGUUCGUUCGGUUUCGUAUAGAAAGGAUUAAUCGCGCGUCGUUUACGGAAACACAUGCCAAACAUUCAAUCUGAAGAGAGUUGCAUUGUGCAAGAUACAAGUUUAUACAGUAUACACACAUACAAGUGGUCCGAGCUCAAAUGGUUUUAUCGUUGUUCAACGCGUACUGUUUUUAAUUAGAAUCCUCGAAUUCCAAGAUCAGUACGAGAUAUACAGAAAAACGAAACAAAAAAUAACGUUGUUCAAUGUGCAUAUUCAUGACGUGAGCAUUUAAAGUGAAUCAAUUGUUUGUGUUCGAGGAGCAAUUUAAGUGUAGAACAAAAAACCAGAACAGCGAAUUAAAACGAAACAAGCGCUGAGAAAUAGAACAGAAAAAUCGAGUCGAAUCCGAUAGAAGCGGAAACGUUUGAAGAACAUUAAAAACUGAACGAAAAAAGCUGCGAAAUUUGUUUUUAAAUGGUAUAAUCUAAAUAAUGAGUGCUCCAGUGCAAACUCAAUCACAGCAACAACAGCAAGCAUCGACACCGACCGGCCAACCAGGAGCACCCGUUACGGGGCCACCACCACCUGUUCCACCCACAAAACCCAUUCUAUCAUCUCCCGGCGCCUACAUGGCCAAUUUCAGCAGCACCACAACCACGCCAACCGCUGGCAUUCACAGUGUCAACAAAUCACAUGAAAAGCCAGCGAUCGCAGCCCGACCAAUUCCACCACCGACUUUGCCCAAAUACUCAUCGUCAUUCAGCAAAGUGGAUCGCGAUCGUGAUCGCAAUGAAUUCAGCACUGGACCCAAAAUUGAUCGGGCCGAACGUGAAAAGACAAAUGGAAGUGGAACACCGACAUCGGAAAAGAAUACAACAGUAAAUAAUCAUUCGAAUGCCAGUACACCGACUACGGCAAUGAACAAUGUCAUAAACAGCUUGAACAGCAUCAGUCUAAAAGAGGCAAACAAUCACAAGAACAUCGAAAACAAUCAUCAGGAUUCGAAUAAGAUUGUAAGUGAACGUCUAGACAAAGAGAAGCAAUUGCAGCAACAACAACAAUUGAUACAACAGCAACAGACUAUAAUUCGGCCAAAGCCAAAGGAGCUAGAUGGCUAUGUUGGCUUUGCAAAUCUACCGAAUCAAGUGUAUCGAAAGGCGGUAAAACGAGGUUUUGAAUUCACACUGAUGGUUGUUGGCGAAAGUGGUCUUGGCAAAUCCACAUUGAUCAAUUCAAUGUUUUUGGCUGAUAUCUAUAAUCAAGAUCAACAUCCGGGACCGUCGCAUCGCAUUAAAAAGACCGUAGCUGUUGAAACCACCAAAGUUUUGUUAAAAGAGAAUGGCGUCAAUCUAACAUUGACCGUUGUCGAUACGCCCGGAUUUGGCGAUGCCGUCGAUAACAGCAACUGCUGGGUACCGAUUAUUGAUUUUGUCGAAGCAAAAUACGAGGAGUAUCUAACGGCCGAAUCGCGUGUUCACCGCAAGGCAUUAACCGAUAAUCGUGUUCAUUCUUGUCUCUACUUCAUUGCACCGUCGGGUCACGGUUUGAAACCGCUUGAUGUGGAGUUUAUGCAACGACUCUGCGAUAAAGUUAACAUCAUACCGGUCAUCGCAAAGGCUGACACUAUGACACCCGAAGAGGUUCAGUUGUUCAAAAAACAGAUUUUGAACGAAAUUGCGCAACACAAAAUCAAAAUCUAUGAUUUCCCGGAGCCACUUGAAGAUGAAGAGGAGGCUAAAGUGUUAAGACAACUCCGAAGCCGAGUUCCAUUCGCAAUUGUAGGAGCUAAUUCCGUGGUUGAAAUUGACGGUCGCAAGGUUCGUGGACGCAGAUAUCCAUGGGGUACAGCCGAAGUGGAAAAUUUGGAUCAUUGUGACUUUAUCGCUCUGCGCAACAUGAUCAUUCGAACACAUUUGCAAGAUUUGAAGGAUGUCACAAAUAAUGUUCACUACGAAAACUACCGUUGUCGAAAAUUGGCCGGCCUUGGCACAGAUGGCAAGCAAUCACGCUUAAGUAACAAGAAUCCAUUGGCCCAAAUGGAAGAAGAAAAGCGCGAACACGACAUGAAAAUGAAGAAAAUGGAGGCUGAAAUGGAACAAGUGUUCGAAAUGAAAGUCAAAGAGAAGAAGCAAAAACUCAAAGACUCCGAGGCUGAACUGACUCGACGACACGAAGAACGCAAGAAGGCGUUGGAAAUGCAAAUUCGCGAGUUGGAGGAGCGCAAACGUGCAUUCGAACAAGAGAAACACGAAUGGGAGAGCACAAAUGGCAUCACUGUGGAUGAAUUAAAACGACGCAGCCUUGAAGCAAAUAGCAAAGAGACUGGUUCAUUGACGUCGCGCGGCUCGGACGAAUCGAAAAGUCGUCGAGUGUUUGGAUCACUGUUACGCCGACAUACAAGCUUCGGUGCUCCAGAUAAUAAUGCCAGGGUGUACACAACCACGCAUAGCUCUGUCUCGACGCUGUCUCAAGAAAAUCACGAAAUGAAAUAGAGAUUGAGCGCGGAAUACCCCCAUCCGCACACAUAAAUACUUCUUUUUUUAAAAAUACAAAAUGCAUAUCGACACAUACAUAACAUACACACAGAUACAUUAAUACUUACUGGUAACACAGCUCUCUCUCUACUCCAACAACAACAACAACACCACCAUCAACACGAAACACGAAACUCAAUUUGAUUUUUACAUAGGGACGAAACAAGAUAGAUCGGUGUUCCUCUGAACUCCCUAUUCUAUUUAUUCAAACCUUAGUGAGUGAGAGAGAAAAAGAGAGAGAUAAAAAUUACAGAAAAUUUUCAUACUGCAGCCGCUGACAAAACUUUAAUCGCUUUAAAUUGCUUUUUUUUAGCAUUAAGUUGAUAGAAAAUAAUAUAUUUAUAUUUAGAAAUGCAAAAAAGACAAGUCCAAUCUACAAGUAGUCUGUAUUCGUACGAAAUCAAAAACAAAAGGAUAACAUUUGUUAAAAAUGAUGCUUUAGAAGAAAAUUAAUUCGAGUCUUAAGUCACCGUAUUCCACAAAUUGUUUUUCUCCCGCGAUUCAUGUACAUUGUUAAGAAACCGAUCACCAUUCUCUUUGUGUGCACCAGUAUUGUAGUUUGAGUCCAUGAAAAAAAAUAAUACAACAAGUCCAUGAUUCGUUGACAUUCGGAUGACUUAAAGUGUAUUUACUUGGCUUCUUCCCGCCCCAUCGUACCGCGUCAUUGCCGAUUUUUUUUGUGUGUUGAGAAUCACCCUAGUUACCUAAUAUUCAAUCAGUUUUCUUCCUUCCGAAUCGAUUUCUAUUGAUUUGUCUCGGCUCCAUUUGAACACGAAUGAGACAAAACAUUUCAGAAAUAAUGUCCCCAACUCAAAAAUAUGGCAACUAAAUAUUGCCAAUUUUAUUGGAUUUUUUAUGUAUCGUAAAAAAUUUUAAUAAAAAAAACCGACACAAUUUUCAAAGGAACAAAAAAAAACGAACCUCAAAGUCAUUUUAAAAAGAAGUCACAGUUACGCCAAUUGGCGAACAUUUCAAUGUCAAUUGAAAGCAAUUGAUAGAAUCUUAGCAAUUAGUCCUAUCCUAUAUAGUGCAUUUAAUUAUCAUUAUUUGCAUCUUUAAAUUUAGACACUCAUUUUGUUUAGAACUCUUUUUUUUAUAUAAAUUUCCUAUUGAACAUAUUAUAUCCCCGUUUGUUUUUUCUCUGUCUGUCACUUUUUCUGUAUUUUUUUUUUUAAUUAAUUUUUCAUUGAAGACAUUUUUUGUAAAAUUGUAAUCAAAGAAAAUAAUGUUUUUGUACUGCAUAAAUAAAACUGUCGAAAUUGAUUCGAAAAAAUGGUGAAUAAUUUUAAUUUUUCAUAUUUUAAUGGGUACAUAUCAUUUGUUUUGUUCUUGUUUUCUAAUUUCGUUGCUGUUAUUAUUCGUUGCACUGUGUAGCUUUGUAUUUGUUGAAUGGUCGUCUGAUGGUCGUGUCGCUUUAUUUAUUUAUUCUUUUGGCUUUUUUGUCUCUCCUUAUUCUGUGGGUGUAUGUAUAUGACAUUCAUUUUGCAUCCCAACAAUAAUUAGUGGCAUUCGUAGUUUGUAAGGGAUUCAAAUUCAUAUCACCAUAUUAAAACUAAUUAUUAUCAUUGCUGCUAAGCAGACAAAUUGCUGGGAUACAAGCAAUAAAUAAUCGUCCGUUUUUUUGAUUUAUAUUGAUUUUCAGCACUGAAAACAAAAAUCAAAUCACUUUUUAUUUUUGUUUUGAGAAAAAAACACUAACUGAUUUAAAAAAAAAAAUCCAAGCAUAGAAAAGAGAAGAAAAAACGAGAAAUCUGUUGUAAUUUUAACAAUUAUUUUUAUUGUUAUUUUCCCAAUGAUUUGUUUAGGCUAAAGGUCUCUAAUCUCUUGUACAUAACUUGCAUCUUUUUUUAACACACACACACACAUACAUACAUAUUCAAAAAGGAAAAAAACGCAUAUAUUUUUGAAGCGAAAGAAGAAAAUUGGUUGAAACGAAACAAUUUGAUUUUUCUUUGGUUAUUUGACGAUAUUUCAUUCAUAUUCACUACUAAAACAAACGAGUAAAUAAAACAAAAUAUCAUAUCAUGGCUAUUGACAUGUGUAUAGCAAAUAAGUGCGAAUAUUCAAUCAAAUGAAUGAUUUAUUAAAUUCUACACACUUUUUGCAGGACCGUCGACGGAAAAGAUAAGAAAGAGAAGAAGAAGAAAGGUUUGUUUUAGCUGUAGGCAUUUUAACUUUGAACACCAUACACACACACACACAAACACACAGUGUUCCCACUGCACAAACAAGAACAUGCACAGAAUAGUCCCCGAUGCGCUCCUCCUCGAAUUACAAACAAGAAGCAAACUAAACAUGAAUAUUUGGUGAGAGAGUGUACGUAGGUGUGUGUGUGUGUAUGUAUGCUUUGUGGAAGAUCCAGACGAAACGUGUUCGACAAACGAAAUAAUCCAUUAGAACUCCCCCUUCCCCCCGUGCAGAGAGAACAAACGGAAGUAAUUUACACAAGAAAUUACUAUUUAAGUGUUAAGUAAAUGAAAAAACGAUCGAAUCAAACUACAUGAUACGUUUGCCAUAUGCAGGCAAAUCGACAGAAAAUUUUAUCCUUGUUUCUAAAGAAGAACAACAACAGUAAAAACGUAUUUAUGAUGAUAAUAUAGCUGCAUUAGUUUAACUCUAACGCACUCAGUUUAUGGGCAUGUAAAAUCCAAGAAAUAGAAACAAAAUAACUAACAUUUCGAUAGGAUAAUGUUCGUCACAUAAUGUGCAGCAUUUGAAUUUUCACGUCUUUUUCUGUCUCUUUUUUUUUUAAAAACGAAUUGUAAUUUGUAAAUCAACGAUUUUAUUAAAUCAUCAUACGAAACAGUGGUUGAUCAAAGAUAUAUUAUAUUUAAUUGAACAUUUCAUUGUGAAUCUUUUUUUCGAUUAUUAUAAAAAUUCAAUCAUUUUAUUCGGUUUCAACCUUUUUUUUCGUACAAUUAAGCUCAAUCCGUACAUAUAUUUCCAUGAUUUUUUUUUCUAUUAAAUUAUAACGAAAAAGUAUUAUGUUAAUUUAUGCAUUUACAAUGAAUGAAAAAAAAAACAAUCGAUGAAUGACGAUAUCACAAAAUUCGUUUUGAUUUUUAUUUAGUAAUAUUUACGAGAGAAAAAAAAAAAUUAGGCUAAACAAAUAUACAGACAAUUUAAUCACCGACUAAAUAAUAGAGUUUUUGAGUAGCCAAUAUUUUGACAACUUCGACAGAAGAAAAACGAGAUAAAUAACUUUUUUUAUGUUUGGAGCAACUUUUUUUCUGUCUCUUGCUCUCUUUCCGUUGAAACAUAAUUUGAAGAAAAAAACAGAAACAAAAUAAAUUGAUUAAAUGGAAGCUAUGCAUUGAAAAAAAAAACACACAUUUUUAAGCUUUCUUCUUCCAUAAUGACAGAGAGUAUUACUACAAACGAUUUUAUGUUUCCUUUUUCUUAUUGACAAAACGGAUCAAAUGAAACAUUUUCACAUAAAUACAAAGAACAACAAAAAUGAAUACUAAACACUAUUUUAUGUAUAAAAUGAAAUAUAGCGUUUAAGACAUUUAGAGUAUUUCGCAGUAGCCGAAGAAUGGAUGGAACAAAUAAAACAGCAAAGUAAAAACAAAAAA